AUGCGGCUAUUACAUACUACUACAUUUAAAUUGCGAGAGUUCUCCGGCACAGAAACACCUCCGUACGGCAUUCUGUCCCAUACUUGGGGGCGCAAUGAGUUCACAUUCCGAGAUUUCCAACGAGCUGGUUACCGCGGUGGGAUCACAAAAAUCGAUGGCAUGUGUCGUGUCGCUCGAGACCAAAGGCUUUCUUGGGUCUGGAUAGACACUUGCUGCAUAGACAAGAGCAGUAGCACGGAGCUAUCCGAGGCCAUCAAUUCUAUGUUUGCAUGGUACAGACAGGCUGCAACAUGCUUUGUGUACCUUGAAGAUGUCUUUGCCAACAGUCGCUGGUUUAGCCGCGGUUGGACCUUGCAGGAAUUAUUGGCAGCGACCACGGUAUUCUUUUACGACCGGUCCUGGAACUUCGUGGAGUGGAUUGAAAAGUCCGGUGAGACUGACGGUAGGACUCGUCCAUCGAAUAUGGUACUUGGGAAAAGGAAGAUAAGCCAAGUCGAUAACGAGAGCUUCGACAUGAAUUCCAACAUGGAUAAUUUCGCCUCGGCUCUCGGCAGUAAAACGAACAUAAACUUCAUUGCGUUAACCAGGAAAUUCGAAGAUGUGCAUCAGUCUUUCUCAGUGGCGGAGAAAAUGAGUUGGGCAUCGAGAAGAGAGACAACCCGUUUAGAGGAUAAGGCCUACUCCCUCAUGGGGCUGUUCGAUGUCAAUAUGCCGCUGCUAUACGGAGAAGGUGAAAAGGCUUUCUUUAGGCUCCAGGAAGAAAUCAUCAAGAAGACCGAUGACGAGUCGAUAUUCUCUUGGGGCUAUGGAGAACCUGCUCGGUUUGAAGGAGGGUUGUUCGCCAAAUCUCCGGCCGACUUCCUGGGGUGCCGGAAUGUCACAAUGGUCGAGACCGCGGGCAACACCCCGCACUACUAUCUAACGAACAAAGGUCUGCAUAUUCAGACACGAUUCUCAGAUACACAACGGAGGAUGGGAACUUUCAUCUACGCCAUGCUACACUGCACGGACAGAUAG